UAGCCAACUCUGUACCGUAUAAUGUAGGUACUUAAGCAAAACAUGCUGUUAGUUGUGCCCUUACUGAUAUUUUGAGCAAAACUCCUUUAGUUUAAGAAUUAUAAGAAUAUUAAGCUAAAGUUAACUAUCCUAAAGUUUUAUUAUUUCAUCAAUUCUAAGAUGCAAAACUCAUAUUUCUUGUCUCUGAAAUUGGAAUGUUGUUUAGUGUGUGGAGUGCCAUCCUCAGUCACGCAUAUUAUAAUGGAGUGUUCUGUAAAUUAGCAGCACCUUAGAUUUUCUGAUAUGGGAAGUGUAAGCAUGAGCUUGGAUUUCCCACCAGGAAACUAUAAACUGGAGCCAUGCUUUUUUUGUGUGUUAUUGGUUAAAGUAUAAAAAUAAUGCCAGUGUAUUACAUAUUUUAAAGAUAAAUGUAGUUUUUGGAUUGAAUUGGAAUUUUUAUUGUAAUGUGUUUUUCAAUGUUUGAACAAAAAAUUCAGACUUAACACUUUAUAAAAGGCUAUAAUUAUAAUAGCAUACAAAUCAUUACAGGAGAUUAAAAUGAAGAACCUGUGGGUUUUAGAGGGAUGAGGGAUUGGGUGGAAUUUACAGCCUUACUCAAGCUACAACCUACACUGAGGCACGCACCCCCUACCUCCCUGGAUUUUAUGGGGGGGGGCUUUUAUUUAUUUAUUUUUAAAAAAAUGACAAGGCCUCAUAGUUAAGCCUGACUUCGCUCAGUAUGUAGUCAAGGAUGGAUGUCUUUGUACUCCUGGUCUUACAUUUGCUUCCCAAGUGGUGGGCUUCCCAGGAAGUACCACACCAUGCUUGAUUUAUGCGGUCCUUUGGAAUUGAAGCGAGGGUCUUAUGCAUGAAUGGCAGCGGCUCUGAUAGUGGAGCAGCAGCAUCCCCUGUCACUAAGCAACUUUAAGAAAGUGUUUUUCUGAAGGAUUUCAAGGGUGCAGUGUUUUGAAAUGAACUUUGUUAGUAAAAUAUUCUCCCUAGGGAAAAAAAGUAGAGUAAAAAGUAUGUAAUUUCUUAUAAAAGUCGUAAUUUAAAUCUCAAUACAGUUUGCUUUGUUUGGGGGCUAGAGAAGAUGUCUCAGUGGUUAAGAGCACUUGCUCUCCCAGAGGACAUGGAUUUAGCACCCACAUGGCCGCUUACAACUAAUUGUCUGUAAUCCCAGUUCCAGAGGAUCCAAUGUGCUCCCCUGGCCUCCGUAGGUAUUGCAUGCAUGUGAUGCGUAGACACAGGUAGGCAAAAUGCACAUGAAAUAAAAAUGAAAAUCUCAAAAAAAAAAUUGUCUGUCAAGAAGAGAACUUUAGUCAGUUGUCGUGGCUUACACCUUUAGUCUCAGGAUUUGGGAAGUUGAGACAGAAGGAUUUCCAUGAGUUUGAAGGCAGCCUGAUCUAUGUAGUAAUUUUCAGGACAGCUUAGACAUAACAAAAUGAGUCUUUUCCUUACAUGAUUAUUUACUAUGACAAGAAAGGUUCUUGUCAUAGUAAAAAUGAGACUCAAAAUGAUGUAAACUGCUAAAAGUUUGGUUACCAGUAUCGACUGCUUUGGUUUAAAUAGCAUAGAUAGCUUUUUAAAUUUUUUUGUUUUUUGUUUUCAAGACAGGGUUGGUCUAUGUGUUCCUGGCUGUCUUGGAACUUGCUAUGUAGACCAGGCUGGCCUCGAACCCGCAGAGACCUGUGUACCUCCUGCUUCCCAAAUGCUGGGAUUAAAGAAAGUUGAUUUAUGGAGUAAAUGAAAUUGCUGUGAAAGUGCCUUCUGUUUUUAAGCUUCUAAUUAAAGAGGUUCUCAACCCAUUUUACAUUUUCCAGCUGUUCAGUGUUAUCCUGUGGAGCAUUGAUGAAUACUAUUAUUAUGCUCUAGCCAUUGUGAUCAUGUCCAUAGUAUCCAUUAUAAGCUCACUAUAUUCCAUUAGGAAGCAAUAUGUUAUGUUACAUGAUAUGGUGGCAACUCACAGUACCGUGAGAGUUUCAGUUUGUAGAGUAAAUGAAGAAAUAGAAGAAAUCUUUUCUACAGACCUUGUGCCUGGAGAUGUCAUGAUCAUUCCAUUAAAUGGGACAGUCAUGCCUUGUGAUGCAGUACUUAUUAAUGGUACUUGCAUUGUAAAUGAAAGCAUGUUAACAGGGGAAAGUGUUCCAGUGACAAAGACUAACUUGCCAAAUCCUUCAGUGGAUGUAAAAGGAACGGGGGAGGAGUUGUACAGUCCAGAGACACACAAGAGACACACUCUGUUUUGUGGGACAACUGUUAUUCAGACUCGUUUUUACACUGGAGAACUCGUGAAAGCCAUAGUAGUUAGAACAGGAUUUAGUACUUCCAAAGGACAGCUUGUUCGUUCUAUACUGUAUCCCAAGCCAACUGAUUUUAAACUCUAUAGAGAUGCCUACUUGUUUCUGCUGUGUCUUGUGGUGGUGGCUGGCAUUGGGUUUAUCUAUACAAUCAUCAAUAGCAUUUUAAAUAAGAAAGAAGUUCAGGAAAUAAUUAUUAAGUCUCUUGAUAUCAUUACGAUUACUGUGCCACCUGCACUACCUGCUGCAAUGACCGCUGGAAUUGUAUAUGCUCAGAGAAGACUGAAAAAAGUUGGGAUUUUCUGUAUCAGUCCCCAAAGGAUAAAUAUCUGUGGACAGCUGAAUCUUGUUUGCUUUGAUAAGACUGGAACUCUUACCGAAGAUGGUUUAGAUCUCUGGGGAAUUCAGCGAGUGGAAAAUACCCGAUUUCUUUUACCAGAAGACAAUGUUUGCAGUGAGAUAUUGGUAAAAUCUCAAUUUGUUGCUUGCAUGGCUACUUGUCAUUCACUUACAAAAAUUGAAGGUGUUCUUUCUGGUGACCCACUUGAUUUGAAAAUGUUUGAAGCCAUUGGAUGGAUUUUGGAAGAAGCAACUGAGGAAGAAACAGCACUUCAUAACCGAAUUAUGCCCACUGUGGUUCGUCCUUCCAAACAGCUGUUUCCUGAAUCUACAGCUGUAGGAAACCAAGAAAUGGAGCUGUUUGAACUUCCAGCUGUUUAUGAGAUAGGAAUUGUUCGACAAUUCCCAUUUUCUUCUGCUUUACAACGGAUGAGUGUGGUUGCAAGGAUACUAGGUGACAAGAAAAUGGAUGCCUACAUGAAAGGAGCCCCUGAGGUUAUUGCUAGUCUUUGUAAACCUGAAACAGUUCCAAUUGAUUUUGAGAAAGUUUUAGAAGAUUAUACCAAACAAGGCUUCCGUGUGAUUGCUCUUGCACACAGAAAAUUGGAGUCAAAACUGACGUGGCACAAAGUACAACAUAUUAGCAGAGAUGCCAUUGAAAACAACAUGGAUUUUAUGGGAUUGAUUAUAAUGCAGAACAAAUUAAAACAGGAAACCCCUGCAGUACUUGAAGAUUUGCAUAAAGCCAACAUUCGAACUGUCAUGGUCACAGGUGACAACAUGUUGACGGCUGUCUCUGUGGCCAGAGACUGUGGAAUGAUUCUACCUCAGGAUAAAGUUAUUAUUGCUGAAGCAUUACCUCCAAAGGAUGGGAAAGUUGCCAAGAUCAAUUGGCAUUAUGCAGACUCCCUAACACAGUGUAAUGAAUCAUCAGCAAUUGACUCAGAGGCUAUUCCAAUUAAACUUGCCCAUGAUAGUUUAGAGGAUCUUCCGUCAACUCGCUAUCAUUUUGCGAUGAAUGGAAAGUCAUUUUCAGUGAUACUCGAACAUUUUCAAGAUCUUGUUCCUAAGUUGAUGUUACAUGGCACCGUGUUUGCUCGAAUGGCACCAGAUCAGAAGACACAAUUGGUAGAAGCAUUGCAAAAUGUAGAUUACUUUGUUGGGAUGUGCGGUGAUGGUGCAAAUGAUUGUGGUGCUUUGAAGAGGGCACAUGGUGGCAUUUCUUUGUCUGAGCUUGAAGCUUCUGUGGCAUCUCCUUUUACUUCUAAGACACCUAGUAUUUCCUGUGUGCCGAACCUCAUCAGGGAGGGCCGUGCUGCUUUAAUGACAUCUUUCUGUGUGUUUAAAUUUAUGGCAUUAUACAGCAUCAUACAAUACUUCAGUGUUACUCUCCUGUAUUCUAUCUUGAGUAACCUGGGAGACUUUCAGUUUCUCUUCAUUGAUCUGGCAAUCAUUUUGGUAGUGGUAUUUACAAUGAGUUUGAAUCCUGCCUGGAAAGAACUUGUGGCACAGAGGCCACCUUCAGGCCUUAUAUCUGGGGCACUCCUCUUCUCCGUCUUGUCUCAGAUUGUCAUCUCUGUUGGAUUUCAGUCGCUGGGCUUUUUCUGGGUCAAGCAGUAUAAAGUGUGUGAUCCAUACUCAGAUGUUUGUAAUACAACAAGAAGCGGGUGUUGGAACUCAUCGCAUUUGUACAACGGAACUGAACUCGAUGCGUGUACAAUACAAAAUUAUGAAAAUACCACAGUAUUUUUUAUCUCUAGUUUUCAGUACCUCACAGUGGCGGUUGCCUUUUCAAAAGGAAAACCAUUCAGGCAGCCUUGCUACAAGAAUUAUUUUUUUGUUCUAUCUGUGAUUAUUUUGUAUGUGUUCAUACUAUUCAUCAUGUUGCAUCCAGUUGCCUCUGUUGACCAGGUUCUUGAGAUUGUAUGUGUACCAUACCAGUGGCGUAUACAUAUGCUUAUCAUUGUUCUUAUCAAUGCCUUCGUGUCUAUCACGGUUGAGAGCUUCUUCCUUGACACGGUCCUUUGGAAGGUUGUGUUCAGUCGAGACAAACAAGGAGAGUAUCGUUUCACCACCACACAGCCACCGCAGGAGUCAGUGGAUCGGUGGGGAAAAUGUUGCUUGUCCUGGGCCUUGAGCUGCAGAAAGAAGACACCAAAAGCAAAAUACAUGUACCUGGCGCAGGAGCUCCGAGAUGACCCUGAAUGGCCACCUAAGCCUCAGACCACGACGGAAGCCAAAGCUGUAGUAAAGGAGAAUGGAUCAUGUCAGAUCAGCACCAUAGCAUAGCAGAGACUGUCUGCUGUGCGAGUGACCGUAUUCAGGAGGGUGUGAUGCUAGGUGUCAGAAUGGCACUACUUCAGUUUAUAUCCCUCUCAUAAGACAGUAGUUGAUUAAAAAAAAACAGUAAAACGGCAUUUGCCUCACAGUUAUUAACUAUCAGUCUGGCUAGAUCUUCAUGCAGUAACCUAAAUAUGAUAUACACUUUAUAUUGGGUGUGAGAGAGCUGUUAGGUUUUUUAAAUUUUUAGCUUUUGACACUAGUCUGCCUCUUUAAAUUUAAUUUUCACAAACCCUUUAUUAGCUAGUUCCUUUUUUAUAUAUAUAUAUAUAGACCCUAAAUUGGGACUGUUAAAAAUUUAUGGUUGUUAAUUGUGAUUAGCCUUCAGUGAAAAUAGGUUGGAAGUCUGUUUUGAUUCCAGUGUUUCUCCCAAAGAAUUCUAUGUUAAACAUAUACCAGUUUCUGAAGGAGUGAGUUUGUUUGUUAUUGUUGGUAGAGCAUCUCAGGUAACUUCCAUUUCUGGUUUUAUAUUCUGUGUGUAGACUGCCAGGUGUCACUUUCUAGCCAGCAAGGUGCUUCACUGCUGUCUUGAUAGCUUUUGUAACAUUUGUGGGUCUCAUGCCGUGUCUGACAUCAACAGCCCAGUUGGCCUCAUUAAAAACGUUCUUUUUCACUAGAAAAGAUUUAUUUCUGAGUCAGGCAUGGUGGUACAGGCCUGUACUCCUGCACAGGAGGCUGAGGCAGGAGGAGUGUCCUUAGUCCAAGGAUAGCCUAGAGUAGCUAGUAAAGCCCUGUCUCAAAAUACAUGCAUGCAGAGAGAGAUGAUCCUUUCCCUUGGUGGUAGACCUCGCAUCUCUUCCUACCCGCUGUUUGUUUUUCUUUCAUGAUUUCUAUCAUUUUUAAAUGCUUGCUCUCUUUUUUUAACCUAAAGGAAUAGGAUAAAUUUGUUUGGUUUGGUGGUUGUUGUUGGUUUGGUUUUUGAGUUAGUGCUUAACCUUGGUAUAUGGUAUGGCUCUCUGGAUAAUGAGGCUUAAAGGAAUAGUGAACACUGAGUUUGGCUUUUACAAAGCAAUGUGAACUUGAGUAGAGCUUGUUUUAUGCCAUUAGGUGGCACCAGAGGUCAGCACAUACCUGUUUUGUUACAAGUGAGCUUGAGAAAAUAAAGUAUACACAUUUAUUGAGCCAAAAGAAAUGUAGAAAGCAUUUUUCACGCUUGUGUUUUAUCUGAUUAAUGUUCAGUUCUCAAGGAACUUCCACAAUGCCUUCCUAGGUAGGACUUGGGAGUUUGGCAGUGCCCACAGUUAUGAUGAACUUGGGGAGCUGGCAUUGCUAUAAAAAUGGACCCUGAAUUAGUGAAGCAGUGCGAGGUUAUUCUAUGUUCUUUCUUAGCUAACCACAUGUUACAUUUUCCAGUCGUAGUUGAUCAUACUGUCCCAGUACAUACUUACCAGUUUACCAGAUGUUACCCAGAUUUCUGGAACCAUUUUUUUUUCUUAUUUUUUAUGUUUGCAGAGACCUGAAUGAUGUUUGAUAAUUGUAGAAAAAAAGAAAAAAAAAUGUAAAUUAUUCUCAGGAUCACUGUUACUGCUAUUGCCACUAGUGAUUCUUACAAAACACAUAAUCGAAUUUUUCCAACAAAAUGUAUGAUAUUACUAUAUGUUAGAUGAUAAGAACAAUUGUCCCAUGAAUGAUUCUAUGAAGCUAUGCAUCUUAGACCUCUUGAGCUGUGAAUUAGCACUAUUUUCUAUAAUUACUUAUUCUCUGUUGUUUUAUAUUGUCCAUAUUCAUUUCAAAUAAUGCUCAUAUUAUUCUUAGUGAUUUUCCUGAAUUGUUGUCUUAUUUUUUUUUUUUUGGUUUAAAUGCAGAAGCAUAUAAUUAAUUUCUAGCUGCAGCUUAGAAACCCAAUAUCAAUUGUAUUUAACACCCUCAAGAGAAUGGUCAUAAAAGGCUAUUUUUGACACAUACCCUUUUUAAUAUUUAGAGUUGAUAAGGGUUUAUAUUUCAUCUGUCCAUGUUGUUCACAAAAGAAACAAGGUUUUAUGUAGGUGAGAGAAAGCAUUUGUAGGAAGUUAGAUUUGAACAUAGACAGGGUAGGUUGUUCCAGUGAGAAUAUUGUUUGCGGAAUGUCUGAGUUCAGACAUGGGUCCUGCUUAGUACCGUAGGUAGACGGAGUCUUCUGUAGGUCACCGUCACAUAGAGAUUUGGGUCCUGGAUUUUACAUUAAAUUAUUUGAGUAUAUACAGACCUAAAUUUUAAAAUCUGUACAUAUAUUAUUUUGAUGUAUUAAGAUUGAUAAUAUUGCUGAUUUAAAUUUUAUUUAUGCACAUACUUAAAGGACAGAAAUGUCCAGGAAAGUAAUUGUUAAAUAAUGAUAUGUAACUUUUUAACUUUUUAAAUAAAUAAGAUUUUUUAAUGUGGGUCUCCCUCAGGGUUGUUUAAAGUUGUUUUCCUCCAUCAAAUAUAAACAAAUAGUGGUAACUGUUUUCUAUCUUCUAGCACCAACUGCUGUAUAGCAAUGCUGCAAAUAGUGCUUGAGUGAGAGUGGAAAAACCAACAAUAAAGCAGUACUUUUAUAAGUUUUAUAAGCCUGAGAUUUGGAAGAUUUCCAAAUUGCACUUGCAUUUAAGUGAACCUGUUACUGUUUUUACACUAUUUAUUUUGUUUCCCAUGUUGAUGAAAGUUCUGCACAGUUUCAAAGGCAUGGUAAAUAAUGUGUCAUAUAUAUAUAUAGAUGUGUAUUAUAUAUUAUAUAUAUUAUAUGCCACAUAUAUAUAAUAUACAUAAUACACAUAUGUUUAGAUGUGUAUUAUAUAUUAUAUGCCACAUAUAAUAUAUAAUAUAUAAUACACAUAUGUAAAACCUGUUCCAAAAGCAGCAAAAGCUCAUGCAGUGAGGAGCAACAUCUAAUUUUAUGCAUGCAGAUUUGAUGUGUCUAAGAAAAGGGUUUUGCAUAUUUAUGGUGGGAGGUUACUGGGAACUUUUAACGAGAUAGGGUAUUAACUUUUGUACAGUCUGGACAUUUACAUGUAUUUUUAAUGUAUUACAAUUUGGUAAUUAUGUGCACAUGAAAUUAAUAAAAGUUACUUCCUGUUAUGAUUUGUGAACUCCCUAAGACCGUGAAUUUUUUAAGUAACUUUAUAUAUCAGAAUGAUACCACAUCUUUAUAUUUUUAAAAUUGUAUUGCUGCUCAAGAAUGGUACCCUGAUGUCAGAAAGGUAGAUAUUCACAAUUGUACAUUCAGCAUUGUAAAUAACCUUAAGAAAUCUUUUUGAUUGAAGCUAUUCAAAAUAAAAAUUUUAAUAAAUUA